CUUCUCUUGACCUCCGCAAUCACCCUCAAUCAACACCAUCCUCACCGGCUCUCAACACUUAUACGACAUACGCUCAUUUCACUUCCCUAGCAUUAGCUUGGGGCCAAGCACUCCGUUUCGCUAGUUGAAUCUACGAACCGUCCGUCAUGUCGGAGGGUCGCCCGUCGCUGAAACUCACCUUUGGCAAGAAAAAGGCAUCAGAGGAACCGCCUAAGCAACCAGCUCCCCCUCCACUUUCAGAAACCCCUCAACGCAAACUCACGCUGAAGAUCGCACGGAAACCAACAACAGAACCAGAACCAGAGAAGGCGAAGAAGAAAAAGCCAUCGAAAAAGCGGCCAGCCAAUGAAUCCGCCGUGAGCGAGCCCGCUGCGCCCCAGGCCCGGCCAGAGUCGCAGACAGGACCCAAGCGUUUGAAGUUAAAUCCCUCCAAGAAGCCCGGUGUGCAGUCGAUUCGAAUUAAAAACAAGGGUCUGGUUCCAAAUCGGCCAGUCGGUGUUGGAUACGACUCUGAAGCGUCGGAUACGGAAAUCGAUCCCUCUAUCGAAGAACAGUUUAUCCUGCGUAUGCUUCCAGGGGAGGAAUGUGAGCAUCUACGACGCGUCAUUGCUGAACGACGUUUUGAUCGCUCGGAGUUUUCGUUUAAGCCGCUCACCCGCGAAGGACGGCGUGCUGUUUUCAGGGUACGGGAUAAGCAGUUUGCCGCCGCUUUGGUGGAUUUACCGUGUAUCAUCGAGGGCAUGAAGAGUUGGGACCGUCGUGGAUGGUACAAGUCGGGGGAUAUUUGUCAGAUGCUUUUGGUACUGGGCCCGGUUGCGAGCGAAAAAGAGGCUCUCGACUAUCCGCUCCCUCCUGAAGUCGAACGCUCCGACGAGAAGACCUUACAGUAUCCUCAUGGCCUGACGCCGCCUUUGCGGUGGGUUCGUAGGCGGCGGUUCCGUGAGCGCGUCAGUACUCGGACAAUCGAGCAGGUUGAGAAGGCUGUAGAGGAUUUGAUUGCGCAAGAUGAAGCUGCCGUGGGCAUCCCUCGUUACGAGUUAGUCGACAGUGCAUCGCUGAACCGGGCUGAGGGUCUCGUGCAGAGUGGAGAUUACUACGAAUAUGAUGACGAGCAAGACGCAGAGGGCGAAUGGGAGGAAGGGAUGGAGGAGGCUCCUGGUAUUUUCGAAGACUUUGAGGACACUCUCGCUGCUGAGAUGGAGGCUGCUUUGGCUGCGGAAGAUACUACAGCUCCUACCGCUCCCGUCGAUAAAGGAGUAUACCAAGCUGGCACACCUACUGCGACAAAACCGCCCACACCCGCGGCGGAAUCGUCGGGCGAUGAGAGCGAUGAAUCCGAUGGCGAGGAACGCGGGGUUCUUGAAGAUGAUCUCGAUGACGAACAAUUGGAGCAACAGAGACAAAUGCAACAGCAGCGCGAAGAAAUUGACGAGCUGGAAGCGCUGAUCCGCACGGAGACCGCCAAAUGGGAGAAGAUGCAAAACCAUAUUCUAAAGAACAAGCUUGCCAAGCGCAUUCAGGAAUUAAAGAAGGAUUUAUCCCUAAAGAAAGUGUCUAUUGGAGAAGGCGACGAAGAUGCUUGAUCCUGCUACAUUGGACUCAUUCUUUAUGGUGUUGGACCGUUGAUACUUGAUACCCCCGAUGAAUAAAUGUACUUCAAAUUCGAUAUGACAGAAUUAUCUUCCAGCCUUUUGU